AUGUUCCGGGACUUUGUACUUAUCCGGUAUGCUAUAAGUAUAACAGUAAUUUUUCUAUUAUAAGAUAAUAGUGUUUGUCAUUUCAACGAAUUGCUCAAUAACCCAUAAAAAUAUAUUAAAUGCACGUUUAGUUCAUCUUACUUUAAGUGGUAAAUAAUGAACGAAUGCGCAACAAUUGCUAUAUAAGGCAUAUGGGUAUAGUGCACAAAGUCUGAUAAUUAAUCGAGCUGCUAACGAAGAAGGUCGAAAAAAAUGUGCUUAAAUUCAACUUCGUGCACAAUAAAUAAAAAAUAGUUAAUUUUAAUUUCUUAUCAGUAGGUAUAAAUUAAAUCUUAAGCGGUCACUUUACAGCAUUGUUUAAAGAACAUUCAAAAUGGAGAAUUUCGGUUCAAAAACUAAAAACAAUUACGUUUAUGGCCCCGAAUUUAAUAAACAUAUCGGAAAAGAUGGAUUUGGUUGUUUCAUAUUUGAUAAAUUUACUGAGAAUGGCGACAGAAUCUUCCAAAUUGAUGGUUUAACUGGAAAAUCUGAGACUUACGAAAACGUUUUAAAACGAUCAAUUCGCGUCGCUUUAGAAAUGAAAACUCAAGGUGUCACUGAAGACGAUGUAAUCGUACUCUGUUCCGGAAACACUUUAGAUUGUUGCAUCCCAAUUUUUGCGGCUCAUCUCCUCAACGCAUCCGUAGCGGCUUUAGAUCCAAGCCAAUCCGUACGAGAUGUGGUGUAUUUGAUGAAUUUAAUCGAACCAAAAAUGAUUUUCGUACAAGAUUCCGCAUUAGAUUUAAUAACCACCGCAGAAAAAGAAUUUUUAUUUACCCCGAAAAUUAUUGUUAUGGGAGAACACAUCGGCGAGGAUUCUUUUGAUAACUUCACAAAACCAAAUCCCAAUGAAAAUAAUUUUAGACCAAAACCGAUUGAAGAUCGCAAUAAAGCUGCUUUAAUUAUGUUUAGUAGCGGAACAACGGGAAUGCCAAAAGGAAUCUCUAUGUCUGCCGAAAGUAUAUUAACAUCCGUGUUAGCUGCGGAAGAAUAUUGUUUAAGCGAUACAAUUGGAUUUCACGCAACAUCUUUUUAUUGGAUAUCGGCAAUGCUUGUAACAAUAUCAAUUAUUUUAAAUAAAGGUCAUAAAAUAAUCCUAUCAAGAUAUAGCAUUGAUUCAUUCUUCAAAGCAGUCGAACAAUACAAAAUUAAUUUUGCGUUAUUAUCCCCAACUUUAGUUUACGAAUUUAACCAAGAAAACGUUACAAAAUACAAUUUAAAUUCGUUAAAGUUUAUUGCAGCCGCUGGUGGUAGGUUGACAACUGGACACAUGGAGAGAUGUAGGCAAUUACUUCCAAGAGCAGCAAUUCUUUCAGCGUAUGGUUUAACUGAAGCAUGCGGAUACGUUUUGGUUUUCCCUAAAACUGCUUACUCCGAAGCCAAAAAAUAUCCAGCAAGUACAGGAUUACCCAUUCCAGGAUUUAUAGUUAAAGUAGUCGAUCCUGAAACCGAAGAGGUUCUUGGGCCAAACCAACAAGGAGAAAUCCGAAUAUAUAGUAGUUAUCAUUUUAAAGAAUAUUUCAAAAAAGAUUCUUCGGAUGCUUUCGAUAAUGAAGAUUUCGUUAAAACGGGGGAUGUGGGGUAUUAUGAUAAAAACAAUUAUUUUUAUAUAUGUGAUAGGAUUAAAGAUAUGUUUAAAUAUAAAUCUUGGCAUAUUGUUCCCGCUUCAGUUGAAGGCGUAAUUCUUCAACAUCCCGCAGUAAAGGAAGCUGUGGUUGUUGGAAUUCCAGAUCCAAUCGACGGAGAUUUACCAAUGGCAGUUGUUACUUUAAAGAAAGGAUUUGAAAAUACCGAUGAAGAUGAGUUAAUACAUUUUGUAAAUGAAAGGGUUUUGGAUAGAGAGAAAUUAAGAGGUGGAUUAAGAAUUGUUGAAGAAUUCCCGAAGACCCCCACAGGAAAAAUUCCAAGAAAUAUCGUUAGAAAAGCUGCAAUUGAAGGUCAUUUUUAAUAUUAUAUAAUUUUCUUUAUAAUUUCAUCUUACCAAUAAAAUAAUUUUCUCUCAA